AUGCAUCAGCCAAAUAACAAGCGUCUUCAACUGCCAACCAGACAGAAAGUCAAAUCUGGCUGCAAAACCUGCAAGACAAGACGCGUGAAAUGCGAUGAAAGUCGACCAGCAUGUCGACGCUGUGUCUCUACUGGCCGAGUCUGUGAUGGCUAUGGCAUCUGGGGAGGCGGUGGGAGUCCCUACGGCCCACCACAAAGUAAUAAAGCCCUGUCAACGUACUGUACGCCGGUUCCACUGGGCAGCAUGACCCAUGAAGAGCAAAUGUACUUCGACUGGUUUUUGGAUAGGACAACCAAAAAGUUUGCCGGUCUAUUCGCCUCAGAAUUCUGGGAAACCCUCGUCUUACAGGCGAGCGCACAGGAGCCCGCCGUGCGACAUGCGGUGGUCGCCUUGUCGGCUGCACAUAGAUUCGAUCACAGUAACUCGGCCUGGUCAAUUCCUACUACCUACGGGCUCGAUGCGGAACAGUUCACUCUGCAGCAAUAUAAUAAAGCGAUCCAUCAUUUACGCUGGAUGAAGGGGAGCACACAUAAGAAUACUCUGCGUGUUGCCUUGGUCACUUGCAUGAUCUUCGUUACAUUGGAGUAUCUGCGUGGGCAGUACCAAAUGGGUAGUGCGCACCUAAGAUACGGAUUGCAGCUUCUCGCAAGUAUGUCAACAACGCAACCUCGAUCAUCUUUGUCGCCGAAUGUUUUGAGUCCGGCAGAGGACUUUGCUCACAAUGCUCUAAUCGAUUCUUACUCUCGUUUGAGUAUUCAGGCUGCCAUGUUUGGCCAUGUUCCUUCACAUAUGUGCAUCAUGACACGGGAUCCGCAAGUCCAUGCAAUCCCAUACGCUUUCACUUCGAUUCUUGAUGCCCGGAGAACGCUCGACGACCUUCUGAACAGAGGCUACUGCCUAAAAAGACAUUUCUAUAACAUUCGCUUUUCUCAAUCACAAUCAAAAACAAUCGACCCGGAGAUAGCCGAAACACAACAUGGAAUCGUCACCGACCUAGUGCUUUGGCGAAAAGCAUACAACGCCUCAAUUGCUCGUCUUGAAUCAGAGGCUAAUUGCAAAGAUAAAUUUGGAAACACUCUACUUCCCCUAUAUCACGAAAUGGCAACGAUUAUGGCAUCGGUCUGCCUAUCCGACGAUGAGAUGAUCUUCGACUCAUACACACCAAAUUUCCUCGCAAUUCUAGCAAAAUUCAUCGAGUUAUGGAAUAUAUGGGCAAGCGCUAGUAUCCAGAUACAAGAGGUGAAAGAUUUGUUCAGCACUCCAGAAUCUCACGGCGAAUGCCAUGGGUUCACUGUUGAGUCUGGAUUCAUUCCGCCUGUCUAUUAUACCGCUCUCAAAUGCCGUAUUCCUCGACUUCGACGGCAGGCUAUUCGAAUUCUGCGAGCUGCUCCACAUAGGGAAGGUGUGUGGAAUGGCCUUCUCCUCGCUAAUGUCUUGGAAGAAGUGGUGAAGAUUGAGGAAGAAGGGAUUUGCAGUAAUGACGCCGAGACGGAGCAGCCAAUGUAUACAGUUAUGCCAACUGCCAAAGACUUUCCUGCGCCGGAAAUCGACGCAUCAAAGCGCAUCUCAGAUGUGGCUGUGAUUCUGCCAGAUGAGGUGAUGGGAGAUACUUUUGUAGGUUAUAAGAAGAAGCUCGAAGGUGGCGGGUGGGCUACUUAUAAGCGCAGGAUAGAGCCAUUCUGGGCCAAGUGCCCACCUGCAUGA